AUGGCCUUGACCUUCGUCGGCGCCGCCUCCCCCGCUUCGGCGGGCCUCCAAGCCAACCCGCUCGCGCCGACCACCGCGCCGCCGGCGCUGAGGGCCACCGCGGCGCACAAAGGCGCGGCCAGCGGCGGCAGCCUGGGCGCCGCCGUCCCAGUGGGCGCGCUGGGCGCCAUGACCCCCGUGGGCUUCUUCGACCCGGCCGGGUUCAGCAAGGUGGGCGACGAGGAGGGUUUCCGCAACCUGCGCACCGCGGAGCUCAAGCACGGGCGCGUGGCCAUGAUGGCGGCUCUGGGGUUCGUGGCGCAGCAGUACAUCAAGUUCCCCGGCUUCGAGUCGGUGCCUGCCGGCGUGGGCGCGGUGACGACGGCGCCAGGCACGUACGGUUUCGUGGCGUUGUUUUUGUUUGCUGGCGCUAUGGAGCUCGCGGUGUGGACGCAAGACCCGAAGAAGGAGGUGGGCAACUUCGGCGACCCCUUGGGCCUGUCCAACAUCUUCGGCUACGACGAGGACAUGCGCCACAAAGAGCUCAACAACGGCCGCUUCGCGAUGUUCGCGGCCAUCGGCAUCCUGUCUGCGGAGCUGUUGACAGGCAAGGUGGGCAUGGACCAGUUCUGA